AUGUGUAGAUCGACGGAUUUCGAGCGUUACGUUGAGAAAGAGAGCUUAAAGGUUAAAGCUUUCUUCGUCCGGUUCACGGAUUUAACCACCCGAGAAUUCUUACCCGAUUCUCUCACUCUCCUAUACCCACCGCGAAUCAACGAAGCUGCUUUCGAGCUCGAAGGGUCCAAGAUCCGACCCGAUUCCCCGGCGUUCGUGACGCUCCACAGGGUCGUCAAGGGAGAUGACGCGAUUUACGGGUCUAGGGAACGGGUUCGGGUCUGGGAAGGGAUCCGGUUCGAGGUGUACAUGAGUGAGGAGAGGGUCAUCAAAGGCAUUUUCAGAAAAGACGAAGGAGACAAGUGGAAACUCGAGUGCGAGUGUGAGAUGGAAGAGGAAGGAGCGGCUGAGGUAGUUGUAGCGGCGGAGGGACACGUCGCAACCUCGACAAUGGCGAGGAAACACAGACGGAGGAGGAAGCAAAGGAUGGGGUUUGAGUGUUUGGAGGAGAUACCGGAAGGGAGAGAGGAAGGGAGGGAAUCGGACGGCGGCGUGUGUUUUUGCACGUGCAGCGGCGGCGAAUCCGACGAAGGAGAGGGGGAGUGGGAGACGGUGGAAUGGACGGCUGAUAUGGAGUCAGAGAAGGAAGGAAUGGGGUGGGCCGUUGAUUUGGGGAUUUGGGUUAUGUGUUUGGGUGUGGGUUAUUUGGUGUCUAAAGCCUCUACCAAAACCUUGAGAAGUAGAAGAAGACGAAGAACAACAACUUUCUUUUAA